AGGAGCGUCUCUUUUUUUUUUUCUGUCUUUCUUUCUUUGCAGCAGCAACAUCAACCUAGCUAAGCUGAUAAUAAAUAUGACAAGAGCUGAGGGGCGUUUCACUACUGUACUGAUUCAGGGUUGGACCAUGUGGUGAUGGUAGCGGUAUGCCAUGCAGAGGAGACACAGCAGCAACACGGAUGGCAUGCCCCCUGAAAGGAGCCGAAGCCAAACUCUUGGAUCAGAGAGCAGCCUGGAUGAGGGUGGUGUGUUUGACUGCCUGAAGCCCGACUCGCCCGCGUCACCCCAGCAGAUCUUCUCUGGCCUAGUGGGUGUCCCCUCCGGUUCUGUCUCCUCUGCCCAAUUCCAGGCGGCCGGCUUAGUCCUGGGCUCUCCCCCUGAAGUUUUUAUCCAGAUGACUGCAUCGUCCAGAGAAGAAGGGGGCCCCCACCGCUCGGAAGGUGGAUCCUUUCUCCCACGGCCGCCCCAGCACCACCAUCAUCACCACCACCACCACCUUCAUCACCAUCCCUUGCAGCACAGGACCUCCUCUCUGCUUCAGCAGGCCACCACAGCAGCCACCUCAGAGAGGCACAGCUCCAGGGAGGAGGCCCAGGAAGACCCAUCCACCCCGGCCCCAGCCCUGUCUGAGUUGAAGGCAGUAGUCACAUGGCUGCAGAGGGGUUUCCCCUUUAUCCUCAUUCUGCUGGCUAAAGUCUGCUUUCAGCAUAAGUUAGGUAUUGCAGUGUGUGUGGGAAUGGCCAGCACAUUCGCCUAUGCCAAUUCCACGUUUAGGCAUCAGGUGUCAUUACGGGAGGAACGGUCUGUAUUUGUUGCUCUGUGGAUCAUCAUGUUCCUUGCAGGAAAUAUAGUGUACAUCUACUACACGUUUAGUCACGAGGAGUUGCACAACAGCCUCAUAUUUGCCAAGCCCAACCUCAACAGCUUUGACUUCUUCGAUCUGAUCUGGGCUGUGGGCAUCACUGACUUUGUCCUUAAGUACUUCACCAUCAGCCUGAAAUGCUUUGUCCUCUUUUUACCCAAAAUUCUCCUGGCCUUCAAAUCCAGGGGUAAGUUGUACCUGCUAAUCGAGGAGCUGAGCCAGCUGUUUCGAGCCCUGGUGCCCAUCCAGCUUUGGUAUAAGUACAUCAUGGGAGAAGACCCCUCCAACAGUUACUUCCUGGGAGCCACACUCAUCAUUAUCUACAGCCUUUGCAAGUCCUUUGACAUCUGUGGACGUGUGUCUGCCAUACGCAAGGCCUUGGUCAUGCUCUGCAGCUCCCAGAGUUAUGGAGUGAGGGCAGGCAGUCAGCAGUGUAGCGAGGCGGGCGAUGUCUGUGCUAUUUGUCAGGCUGACUUCAGAGAACCCACAGCCCUUCUGUGUCAGCAUGUGUUCUGCGAGGAGUGCCUGUGUUUGUGGUUCGACCGGGAGAGGACAUGUCCACUGUGUCGCUCUACUGUCAUCGAGACCCUGCGAUGCUGGAAGGACGGCACCACCUCAGCUCACUUCCAGAUCUACUAACCCCAUGACAACAUAUCAUAUGCACCCACAAAAAUGUGAUUGUGUGUUAGACAAUGGUGUGUCAUCUCUCUCUACUUAUCUUACCGUGGUGACUCCUUAAAUCAGGGUAAGCAUGAUUCCAGUAACACACAAUACGUAGAGAAUUUGUGUAAAUGUGUGUAAACCACAUUAUCUUCAGUGCAGAAAGGUUGAGCGUCAUAUGAAGCUGCAUGGUGGUCACAUGCACAAACCACAUUUUCACCAGGAUAUAACUUAAAAGAAACAAGAAGUUGGACUUUUGCCAGUCUUAAUAAGACUGUUGUCACACCGUUAUGGCAACAUUUUUAUGUACAUGUAGACUUGUCACUGUUGUCAACUAUAUAUUUGGACACAUAAUAGCUAAAGUUACCUUGAUUUAGUUUGUUAAUGUAAAAAGUCACAGCAUUCACACUAUUUGUGGUAAAUUUGUCCA